CUGGAAUCCAUCGAAAUCUUGGCGUUCACAUAUCACGGGUCAAGUCAGUGAAUCUGGACCAGUGGACACAAGAACAAAUACAGAGCGUUCAGGACAUGGGAAACACCAAGGCAAGAAAGCUGUAUGAAGCCAAUCUUCCAGAUAACUUCAGAAGACCACAGACAGACCAAGCAGUGGAAUUUUUCAUCAGGGAUAAAUAUGACAAGAAGAAGUACUAUGAUAAAAGUGGCUUAAAUGGGACUACAACAUCUUCUGAUUCUGUUCUGCCCUCAACAUCCUCUCCUUCCUUACAAGCGGCAGCUGAGAAAAACAAGUUGGAGAAAGAAAAGGAGAAAAAGGAGGAAAAGAAGAAAGAAAAGGAAUCCGAGAGAGUAAAAAAGCCAGCUUCUUUUGAUGCACUAAAAACCCUACAGAAGAAGGAAGAGAAGCAGGUAGAUAGCAGAUCGAGUCCUCUGAAAACUGCAGAACCUGCUAUUGAUCUUUUAGGACUAGAUGCUCCAGCUGUUGCUAAUGGAAGAAGCACCACAACUAAUGCACCUUUGAGUGAUGAUCUGGAUAUCUUCGGUCCUAUGAUUUCAAACCCACUUCCAUCUUCUACCACACCAUUUCCUCAGGCCACUUCCAGUAAACCAGCAGCUACCACCUCUGCUGCAGUGUCAGGGGAUCUGGAUCUGUUUACUAAGGCACCCGCCAAAUCAGAGGAGUCAGCAAAGAAGCCCCUCUCUAAGGACUCUAUAUUAUCACUUUACAGCACUGGGAGUAUGCAGCAGCAGACAGCUCCUGGUUUCUCCAAUAUGGGAGCCCCUGUGCCUGCUUCCACUGGUAUGAUGGGACCUGUGAUGGGACAGAAUGCAGGGAUGAUGGUUGGCAUGGCGAUGCCUAACGGAUAUAUGGGCAACGCACAAACUGGAGCUAUGGGACAGCCCCAGAAUGUCAUGGGACCACAGGGCGGAAUGCCUGGAAAUGUGACCAAUCCUCAAAACGUGUAUGGCAUGCAGGCAAAUCAGCAGGGACAGUGGAACCCGAGUCAGAUGAAUCAGCAGAUGGCUGGAAUGAAUCUGGUUGGUCCCAGUCCCAUGAUGGGCUUUGGGCAGCCUGCAAACACAAUGGGAAACUGGACAGGAAGCACCUCAGGCCAGACUCUCAGUACUCAGCUGUGGAAAUGAAAUGGCAGAAUCUGCUGUACCUGGAAUUCCUUGCUCUGCUGAAUACAGACUAUUUUACUUUAUCAAUGUACGAUUUUCUUGUUUCAAAUUGUUAAUAUUAUGGAGUUAGUCCACUCAGUCUGGUGCGUGUAUAUUGAUUGAGUAACUCGCUGGUUAAGUAUACAAACUGGCAGCUUGUCCAUUUUCACAUCACAAACCCAUUCUCUUAAAGCAUAUCAGUGAAAGGCUGCUGGACCAAUUACACAGUGUCUAAUAUAUCAUUACCAAAUCUAUAGUGAAUAAUAGUAUUUAAGUGACAAAGCGAUAUGGCUAUCAUGUUUGUGAA